AUGCCCUCUUUACUAUCGAAAUUCAGACACCGUAAAACAGGUUCACAAUCUUCCACAUCCUCCGUUGAUCAACCGCCUUCUUCACCGGGUCGACAUUCGCUCGAAUCACCUUCGAGAGCGAGGCACUCAAUAGAUCAGCCCAAUGCAAAAGCUAGAUCAUCUUUGGAUCAACCUCGCUCACCAAUCACAUCUGCCAAACCUCAAAUCCAAACUCAACCACAAGGGGACAUACCCACUAGUCGAACAGAGGAAGAUGUAGUCGUGAUUGAUAAAUCGCCAACUCCCACCGACCCACGUUCAAAGCCAUUUGUAGAUGAGAGUGAACGACCUGAAUUACCUACCACAACAUCCAAUGUGAAUAAUCCUUUACCUCAACCUCAUCAAUCGGGCUCUACCACUUACCUACCACAGGAAGAUAUCGACAAUAACAAACCUCUACCUGCUGUCCCUGAAGUAAGAUCACCACCUAUUCAAUCUAACGAUAAAGACCUGAGAGAUUUCCCCUUACCACCUUCGAAAUCUUCCCCUUCUUCAGUCGAACCCGAGCAUCUUCGAGAUAGAGUGAAAUCACCUCCUUUACCACAUAUUGAUUCGGUCGAUCGACAACCUCUCCAUCAAGUGGAAGAAGAACGACCUGGAUUAGUUGGAUCAUCAAGUAGACCACCUAAAAGCGGUGAAAUGGAUGUGGUCAAAGGGAAUUAUCCACAUGUAUCGAAUUUACCUCAUUCGGAUAAACGAGAGGAUCUGAAUGAAUUGUUGAAUGGGCAAAAGGAGCAGGUGGAAAUACCAAGUAGAGGAUCAAGUUUAUAUCACCACCAAGCUACUCUAGAGCAGCAACAAUCUCGCAGUGGUGGUGGUGUUGGUGGUGAUAGACCAGAGGUAGAGUUACAAGAACAUAGAAGGGAUGGUAAAUAUACUCAACCUUCAUCUGCUGUCGAUCCGAUAUCGAAACAUCCCGAUGGAAUCAUCAAUGAACGAUUUAAUAAUCUCUCCAUCACCGACGGAGGUGAACAGGGUUUGGACGCGCAGAGGAAUGCGAUGAUCAGUAGAUUGAAUGAUCAGAUUGAGACUAAGAAGGAUUUGACUGCAGAAGGUGUAGAGGUGUUUAAGAAAGUUGGUAUGGAGGGAUUGUUGGAGAAGGAGAAUAGUAUUGAUGUUAGGUCGAGGGAACUGAAACCCGUCGUUAAGGAAACCAUAUUCCCACUUGAACAUACGGAAUAUACGACGAUACUUACUAGAUGUAUUCACAAGACUCAUUAUGUACCACUCAUUCAACCCAUACAUGAUCCCAAUCCGAUCAUCCUAGCCACCCGUCAUAGGAUAUAUGACCCCACCACCAAGAAAUGGCACGAGGUCAUUGGGGAUGCAGCAGCUAUAUCUAUCCUAGGCGAAGAUGUGUUCCGCAAUGGGCCAAAGGAAUAUCGUGAAUUGCGAAAACCAGCUUUACCAGGGUUGGAAGAAAUGGACGAAGAUGCUCUACGUAUGGCCAAGGAGGCAGGCCUGGUAUCUGGUGGAGGAUUAAAUACGGUAGAAGGUGUGAAAGAUUAUGAGUAUGUAUCACAGGCUCAAGAUAGUAUACCUAUCAAAGGGGAGCAUGAGGACGUAUCGAUAGAUGGAAUCGGACAAGGUGAAGGUAAAGGUAGAGUGCUAGAAAGGGAAUAUGUACUUGGAACGGAAGAUGAAGAAGAGAAAGGAGAUUGGAAGGAAAUCGCAAGUUAUGUUGGAAUUGGUAAAGGUAAAGGUGGAUUAACGAAACAUCACGAUGAAGAUCAGGAUCAGGUUGGUGUAGCAUUGUGA